GAAUUUAUCGCCCUGUCGUCCUUGCACAUGCCCAUGCGCGUUUUCGACCACAAUUUGCCACUUUGUUGCACCCUGCUAUCACACAAUUCUGGAAUUUCUCCAGACGCGGUCAAGCUCGAGGAAAAAAUUUGCAACCGUUUCCCUUUUUCUACCCCUUGUUAAUCGAAUCAAGGAGUAAGGUUAAGGGGAUCUUUGGAGCCUAGUGCCUCGAUAAGACCCCCCGCAGUCGAACCACACUGAAAGGGCGUUUCUCAACCUGACCGCAGCAGCCCCAACUGCCCUAAAUAUCUAUACUCUCCACUGAUUUACAGUGGUACCAAGUACAUACGGUGAAGGCUGUACUGGUGCUGUACUCAUAUCAUAUCACCUGGCCCCCCUUCUCUCAGGAUCUUUUGAGGACUGUUUUUUUCUUAAUCAACUUCUCCAUCCUCAUCCCUUCAUAUUUUGUUUGUUCAAUUAUACACGAUGCAUCACAGUCGGAAGAAGUCGGGCCAUGGUCUGCCCAAUUCCUCUGCGACCGACGUGCGAAAAGUAGUUACCGCGACCGAUCCUGCGAAGUACAAGAGGCCCGUCAUGACACGAAGGCACACACCACAAAAACUCGGUCGCAGUCAGCGCGAACGUGAACGGGAAUGGACAGAGUCUUGGGAAGAUGAAAGGGAGAGCUUUCCACAAUUUUGUAUGACGUGCGAAAAGCAAUUCAUCCCUCAUGACGACAUGUUUCUUUACUGCUCCGACAACUGCCGCAGAGUUGAUCAGACCGCAUCGUCACAGCCGAGCUCCUCGGUCCGUCAUUACGCGUCCUCAAACUAUCCAUUCCAUUCUGCGGGAAACCCGGAGCCCAAAGACAUCAUCCCUCGAGCAUCUCCUUCACGGCCCAGCUCCAUGAUUUUGAGUUCUCCACCAGCCACUCCGGGAACCGGAGCACCGAAUUUCCAACAUACUUCAGCCAUUUCGGCUCUCCGUUCCCUCAAUGUCCGGCCUCCGAGCCCUCCGUCGCCUACAGGCAGCUCCAGCAACCUGUGGCCCUUUAGCCGCAGUGCAGCAACCAGCCCAUAUAGCUCGUACAGCCGGCCUUCUGCCCCAUAUCUGUCAUCGACUUAUGACGGAGGUUACUACGGCGCUGGAGGUAGUGGAUACAAUUACGAGGCAACAUCAGGCGGCAUGGAUCGGCCACUCCCUUCUCGCCAUCCCAGCACCUACUCUCGGCCCAGAAGCAUCGAGCUUGUGACACCCAUGGUCAGUAGAUGAUGGGUGCGCUCAGCUCUCUAGCCAUGAGCGCCUACUGCCCUACGAGUCUGUACAAACAUCAGUACAUUUGUGGAACUCGAGAACAGCUUGGAAGGGCUGGUGGCACAAGCGAAGCUAAAUGGCGAGUGUUCUGCUGGACGAGCGGUGUCUCACCUCCCGGCCGGGUCUUCGGUCAUGAACCCCGGCGAG